AUGGCGCUUGUUGUUUCAUUAACUAUAGUAUUGGUAGUGAUAUUAUUUAUAUCAGUGUAUUGUUAUGUGAUCCGAAAUUUUGAUUAUUGGAGGAAGCGGAGAAUACCAUACAUUGAACCUACUCCAUUUUUUGGAAAUAUUGGAUCGGUAUUUAGAUGUAAAGAAUCCAUUGGACAAUGUAUUGCUACGUUACAUAAGCAAACUAAUGAACCAUUUGUUGGUAUUUUCACCGUUGAUUGUCCAGCACUGCUAAUACGAGAUUUGGAAUUAAUGCGUCAUAUAUUAAUAAAGGAUUUCAAUUCAUUCACCGAUCGUAAUUUUGCACCAGAUCCUGAAAUUGAGCCACUUGCUUCGCAUGGUUUGUUUUGUUUAACUGGUGAAAAAUGGCGUAAUUUACGUGGAAAAUUAACAUCAGCAUUUUCAAUAAGCCGAAUAAAAAACAUGUUCUAUUUAGUUGAACAGUGUGCUGAACCAAUGAACAAGAUACUAACCAGGCAUGCUGAAAAUAAUGAACCAUUAGAUGUAAAAGAUUUUAUGGCUCGUUAUACAACCGAUGUUAUAUCGACAUGUGUAUUUGGUGUGACUGGAAAUGCAAUAAACGAUCCCAAUUGGGAUUUUUAUCAUAUUGGACGAUCAGUAUUUAAAACAUCACCAUUAGAUUCUGUAAAAUCUGGUCUGUUGAUUUUUGCUCCGUGGUUUGUAAAACUUUUUGGUAUUCAUAUGAUAAAUGAUAGUAUUUAUGAUGCGAUACGCAAAUCAAUUUGGACAGCAAUUGAUUUGCGACAGAAGAAUAAUAUCGUACGUAAUGAUUUUAUUGAUUUGUUAUUGCAAAUUAGAGAAAAAUCUUUAGCUGAAGAUCGUAGAAAUGAUGAAAGUGUAUUAUGUAAGUAGCUUUUAGAUGGUGAUGCUUUAGUAGGGCAAGCUUUUGUAUUUUUACUAGGCGGCUAUGAAACAUCUUCAACAACCAUGAGUUUAGCCUUGUAUGAAAUGGCUUUAAAUCCUGUAAUUCAACAGAAAGUACGAAGAGAAAUUGAUAUAGUUUUGGCUAAACAUAAUAAUACAAUGAGCUAUGAAGCUGUGCACGAAAUGACAUAUUUAAAUCAAGUGGUUUCCGAAACACUAAGAAAAUAUCCAGCAUUACCAUUUUUGGAUCGAAACUGUGUGAAAGAUUAUAUUAUACCUGGAACAAAUGUAAAAAUUGAUUGUGGUACAAAAGUUUUUAUAUCAUUGUUAUCUCUUCACCACGAUCCAGAAAUAUUUCCAAAUCCAGAACAAUUUGAUCCAGAUCGUUUUACUGAGGAGAAUAUUUCAAAGCGCCAUAAGUUUGCUUAUUUACCGUUUGGGAAUGGACCACGAAUAUGUAUAGGUAUGCGAUUUGGAUUGCUUCAAACUAAAGUUGGUUUGAUAUAUUUGUUGAAGAACUUUGAAAUUGAGCCGUUGCUUGAGACAAUGAAACCUGUUGAAUUUACAUCAACAAAUAUCACAUUGGCGAUUAAACAUCCACUGAAAUUAAGGAUUAAAAAACGAACAGAUUAA